AUGUUUGGCUUAGCAGCACUCGCCAGCUGCCUAUUUCUCGAAGGCGCCUUUGCUACCACGGCGCCAACGCAGUUCCCGCUGACUUCAGACCUUCUGAGAGAACUCUCCGAAAAAGUCGAAGGUCGACUAUAUAGCGCUGUUGCUUUCGCGGAACCCUGUUUCACUAGCUUCAAAUCCGCAGAUUGCGAGGUCAUCAAGCGCAACUACCUGAACGAAACUUCGCGAUUCGAUACGUUUGGUGGUUAUAUCAAUACGCAGUGGGAGACGUGCCAGACGACGGGCGAGCAAUGCCUCCUGGACUGGGAAGACCCAACAAACCCAGGUCCGGUUUCAUCUUCCCAGACCUGUCAGUUGGGCAGUGUAUCUCGUCACUUUAUUGACGUGCGAAAGCCGGCGGAUGUCGCUGCUGCCUUCGAUUACUCGAGAAGAUCUGGUGUGCCGUUAAUCGUCAAGAACACUGGUCAUGACUACAAAGGUCGCAGUAGCGCGCCCGGUUCAAUAGGCCUCUGGACGCAUAAUCUAAAAGACAUAACAUACGACCCCGAGUUCAUUCCUGAAGGAUGUGUGAAAGCGAGCCCCGGUGUUACUAUGGGGGCCGGCGUGCAAUGGGGAGAGGCCUACCAAUUCGCAGAAGCUCACAACAUUACCCUCGUGGGAGGCAGUGAUCCCGGCGUAGGCACAUCCGGUGGAUGGCUGAUGGGCGGUGGUCAUGGUGCGCUGACAAAUACGAUGGGAAUGGGUGUCGAUCGCGUCCUCCAGUUCAAAGUAGUCACCCCAGACGGCAAAUUGAGAGUCGCAAACGCUUGUCAGAAUGAAGACUUGUUCUUCGCGCUGCGGGGCGGUGGAGGCGGAACCUUUGGCGUAGUAUUGGAGAGCACCACUCUAGCUUCCCCGCCUGUCACUCUGCAGGUCUAUGUUGUGCAGUGGACUAACCCUGAAGCCAGUCUCACACACGAUCUGUGGUCAAUUCUCAUUGAAAAUGGUCUUAAGUGGGCCGAUGAAGGAUGGGGAGGGUUUGCAAAUGGCGAAUCUGCCAUAUACAUAUCUCCAAAUUUGGAUACAGUGCGAGCAAACGUGUCUAUGGCACCGCUCAUCGCAUUCGGCGAGCGGAUCAAGCACGAUGGUAUCCAUGGAGCCACCCUUACGGUGCUUGAAUUUCCCACUUGGGGUACAUUCUUCAAUGCUUUUGCAGGCGACAAUUCAGCGGCAAUCGGCGUUAAUCUUGCUCUUGCUUCACGGCUCAUCCCAAAGGCCAACUUCGAAACGGCUGCGAGUCGUUCAGAGCUCCUUGCAGCCCUUUUGAAAGCCCACACGCUUACUCCCGGCCUUCGUUUCCUUGUGAGCCCUCCCACGUCCUGCCCAGGGGACGGCAGUACCAGCGUCACACCUGCAUGGAGAGACUCGGUGUAUCAUAUCACGCUCAUUACAACAUGGGACUGGAACGCGACAAUGGGAGAGAAAAAGACUCAGUAUAAAUUGGCAAGCGAUUCUAUAUCGCAUCUGCGUGCUAUAACCCCGGACGCGGCGUAUAGCAACGAGGCGGAUGUGUACGAACCUAAUCAUAAGGUCGCAUUCUGGGGAGACAACUACUCCAGGCUGCUUGAAAUCAAAGAUAAAUACGAUCCUGACCGCCUCCUGGAUUGCUGGCAGUGUGUCGGCUGGACUCCCAAUUCAAAGCGUUUCGCUUGUUACAUUGCCUGA